GUUCUACCUCCUCGGGCGCGGCUCAUGGCAUGUCGCGGCUGUCGGUUGGCCAUGGUCGUGGCAUCCUUCACAGGCCUUUCCUCUGCCUUCACAGCUAGCGCGAGAGGCCUUGUGGAAGCACACAAGGCGAUACCUCCUGCAGCACAGGAGUUCUCCUGCAAAGGUUCAUUAUGCUUCACCAAGACGCAGCUCCCAGAGACCGGGAAAUCCGUCAGGGCACGUAUACCGCUGUCAGCUGCUGAAACCCAGGUCGCAGCCUUUGGCAUUGCGGCCUUAUCCUCCUUCUUCAAUGGAUCCUUUCCAGCUUGCCAGCGGAUACCCAGGGGGCCACCCUUGGACCCAGUGCUGUUCAACUGCUUGGUCUGUGUGGGUGUGUUCUUCUCAUCCCUGCUGAUCCCAUUAGUGUUCAACCAGGAUGUGGUCUUUACGCUUCCCGGCGUCCUGGGCGGUGUUCUCUUCGUCUUUGCCGCGCUCUUUAGUUUCGUGGCGAUCCCCAGAGCUGGCCUGGCGACCGCACAGGCAGUUUGGUCCUGCUCAGCCAUCCUGGUCUCCUUCCUCUGGGGCGCCAUCGGUCCCGCCGAAGUCGCAGCACCGCUGGGAGAUGUCACCGCCACCGUGGGGGCGGUGCUGCUGCUGGUGGCAGGUGCUUUGAUCAUCGUGAACUGCGACAGCAUCGCCGGGCGCCUCAGCGGUGGGACAACGGGCUCUGACUACAUCCAGGCGGAGGCGGAGGCUGAGGCCAGCGCCGGUGAUCGGACCGCCGGAAUCGCAUCAGCCCUGGCGGUGGGGCUCUUCGGUGGAUCCGUUUUGGUUCCUUUCAAGUACAUUCCACCAGAUGUUGCCGGUCUGGCAGCCAUUCCAUCCUUCGGCUUUGGAGCUUUGAUAGCUGGCGUUAUGGUCACUUUUGCGUAUUGGAAGGGGAUCCAGAAGGAGCCCGGUUUCCCUCAGCUCAGUUUGGACCAGAUCGGUGCGGGCUUGGCCAGCGGCUUGCUCUGGAACGCUGGUAAUGUUUGCUCAGUCAUAGCUCAAAGCCCACCCUUUUCGCUGCCCUACGGGGUGGCUUAUCCCAUCCUCCAGUGUGCCUUGUUCUUUGGUGGCUUGUGGGGCAUCUAUGUGUUCAAAGAGAUCACUGGCAACUCCAUCGGCGUCUUCUGGGGAGGAGCCCUCACACUCGUUGCCGGUGUUGUCUUGUUGGGUCUUUAUGGCCCAGGGGCUGGCUGAGAGUGGCAGGAUGACUGCACGUGUUGCAGAUAUAAUAUUUAAAUCAUGGUGGACAUCCAAGUGGGCUAAACAGCUAGACAUUGAAGAGUGCUCAAAGGCACCCUGUUUCUUGAGACAUCAACAGAAAACAGCCCUCUGACAGGGACAAAGCAGAAACGAUCCACCAAGGUACCAGGAGACGGCCAG